AUUGUGGUGCACUUGUCGCUUCCUGUGUGUGCUGCCAGCCGAGCUAUUUGGAGAGAGGUGAACGACACAGGGUAGAGAGCUGCAGAAGAUGCUUCCAGUGUUUUGCACAAACUUGUGAUUGCAAUCUUCCAAAUGGAAGAGACAAAAGAAAGCUUGGCAUUUAAAGGUGUCGCUGAGCGAUUGACGCUUGGCAUUACUCGAAUACUCGAGAGCAUGCCUGGUGUGGUCGAUGUGCGUUUUGUAGAGAGGGAGCCUGCAGAGAAGAGGAGCCUGCUGUCUUGGGAACAGAAAAACACGUGUAUUUUGCCAGAGGACCUGCGAGAUUUCUAUCUGACAACUGAUGGAUUUACACUAACCUGGAGUGUUAAACUAGACAAUGAGUGUGUUCCCUUAGGAUGCAUGAUGAUUAACAGUGUGGCCAGGCUGUGCCCACUGCUCCAACCAUUAUCAUUAUUCUCUCUACCCAAUGCACCCUCACUGGCAGACCUGGACUGGGAGGAGAGCAACACAGUAGGGAUGGGGCAUGCUCCUGCUGCACCCCAUUUUGAUUCCCGGAGCCGUAUCUUCGAGCUGGAUUUCUGUGGUGGGAAUGGCAAAGUGUGCCUAGUCUACAAAAACUGCACUCAAGGUGUCGUAGCCCAGCAGAGUGAAAUCUGGUUCCUUGACCGCUCUCUCUGCUGGCAUUUUAUGACUGCAACCUUCACCUCUUACUACCGACUGAUGAUCACUCACCUGGGUCUGCCUGAGUGGCAGUAUGCCUUCACCCCAUAUGGCCCCAGCCCCCAGGCCAAGCAGUGGGCAUCGCUGUACCAGCCACUGACUUUCAGCAGUGAGCUCAGCUUGGCUGAUCCUGCUGGAGAUUCCCAUCUCAACAAGCUGGAUCCUACAAGGGCCUUCAAAGGCAAAGCCAAGGUACCUAUCCCCAAGAAGAAGCAGUCGACACAGUGCAGCUUAGCGAGCGCCGCCAAGAACCAAGGCAGCACAGGAAAAUACAUUGGGCCAAAGCGACGUUUCAUGCAGUAAAACGAUGUCACCCCCUCCCCCCAACAUGUCGACCUACGUGGAAGGGGACCCACUCCCUAUGUAGAUAAACACGGCUUAUUCUAAGGUAAUGAAAACACAACGAUUUUUAUUUUCAGUUGAUUAAUGACACUAAUGAAAACAUACUUAUAAAUAUUAUAUUCCAUUUCUGCCAGUAGCCCCUCCUAAAUGUUACACACUGGACCUUUUUAACACAGUGUUUACUAGUGACACCUAGUGGUAAAAAGUAAAAAAAGUAGCCAAUUCAUAAAAUAUGAUCAUGUGCUGCUGACGAAGCACAAAUAAUACUGGCGUGGUAACAAAUUGUGCCACUGCUGUAAUCAAUAAGGACUCAUUAUUACUCAAUAAGGACACUAUCAGUUUAUAAUUGUAUUUAUCGUCACUAGGCUUGGUUUGCCGGUGUGUCUGUGUGUGUGUGUGUAUUCAGUUAGUCAGUAAAAGUGCUCGUAUGACUGAAGACAUGUUUCCACAAUUUGAAACUCAAACUGAAAUGAUCACAUGAUUCUACAGAAAGAAAUCAAUCACAUGACUCACUGACAUUGUUCAAGGCGCAUACUGCGCAUCAGUGGAAACUGCUGUACGUACUCGACAGACGCCUCAGAGCUUCAGUAUCAAACGUUACAUCACUUUAGAGUGCAUGCAAAUCUGAACCAUGAAAUGUUACAUGUUAAAUUAUCACUGGCAAGACUGGCAAUAAACCAUCAAGCCAGACUUCAGUAAUCAAAGUUACUCACUGGCUAUUGCAUGACUGCAGUACCUCACUGAUGCUGUGUUCCUCUGUAAACUUCACAAACAUAAAAAUGUGCUAAAGUUCAGACCUAGUCAUUUUUCUAUAAUGACAUCUGCUCAUUUGAGGAGGUUAUAUUCCAGCGUUUUGGAGAUAAAAUUUGUUUAUCCAUUUUGGGCCCUUAAUGCCAAACAGACUGCUGAGCAGACAUAAUAGACAUCUAGGAUUAAGUUUUUGGUUUAUGUACUUUGGAGGUCCUACAAAGUUAAUCAAGGCACAUUUACCCUUUUUAGCUUUAGGCUGCUGUGCACUGGAUUGUUGGAAAGAUGAACAUAUAUUAUCGUUGGUUGUGCUGCUGCCCCUUCAAGCUGUGAGGAGCCAACUGCUACUGUUCCUUUUUUAUUUUCAAAAAGAUACAUGUUUAUAGAAAAGCAAUGUAUGAGGGCUGUUUAUUUUUCUUUACAUAUACUGUAGUUUCCAAGCUCAUGUUAGUGGUCUCCUGUUGAUUGUUAUAAUGAAUGAUAUUUAUGGUGUCUUCCAAUAUCAGCUGCUAUUGCCUCAUAUUAACAUAAAAUAUAAGCCAGUGA